AUGCAAUAUCUCGCCAGGAUGAGCAGAUACACAGACGGCACGCGCACGCCCACUGACUCGGAGAAAAAGUCGUUCUCGUCCACACUGUCGACAUCGAGCUACCCUCCUUCACCUAGCUACGUCGCAGGAGAUCCUGCAUGGGCACGCCCUUUGGGAGGAGGCCAGUCGCUUCGUCAGCGCGUGUUUGACCUCUUCGGAUCGAACCCUUCGACGAGCAACUGGCGAGGAUAUACUCGCGCCGCUACCACGCCAUCUGGUGACUUCAAUGCAUACAAGAAUCCACUCUACCGCUCAACUGCCGCUACCAAGUUGCAAGAUUUGUUGCGUGAUCCUGCUCACAAGAGGAUCUUCAAGUUGAUUUGCUUGAUCCUGAUCAUCGGGAUUCCGUGUGCUCUGUUCGCAUCGACGCCUUCUUCCGCAUCGAAUGCCGUCGCGGAGGCCAAACCUGCUACAGAGGUAGCAGAGUAUGCCGGACAGACUGUUUCCUAUCAGGAUGGCCAGUGUCCUCGCAUCCUCGAUGGCGGUGCUGAUGCAAUCGAAUGUCACGUUCGAUUGGCGCAGCGCAAGUUUGACUCGAUGGUCUCGAGACAAUCCCAGACCUACGAGCAGGCAGUAGAACGUUUUGUACAGCAGUACAACCGACAGCCACCUCCUGGUUUCGAAGAUUGGUUCGCGUAUGCAAAGCAAAAUGACGUAGUCAUCAUCGACGAUUACGGCCAGCUCGAGAAGGACCUCGCUCCGCUGCGCAAGAUUCCAGGUCACGUUCUGCGUGCUCGUGUAAAGAACGCACGCAAGACCAACAUGUGGCUUCUGCACCAGUGGGACUUUGCCGAUGGUAACGUCUCCACCUCGGCACCUGCCAACUGGGAGAACGUGAAGGUCUACCGCGAGAUCAUGUCGCCUUUCCUACACAAGCUUCCCAAGUUCAGCGUGCUGCACAGCUGGGACGACUCGCACCGCGUGUGCGGAACCAAACACGGUGCUGAAGAUGUCAAUGACACAAACGUGGUCCAAGUCCAAACCACCGGUAUUCCAGAUACCAGAGAGUACUUGACCACCGGCUGUCCACGCAAUACGGAAACUAGCUCGUCUGUGACAAGCGAUCGCCCCUCGGUCGACAUCUGCACCCACUCGUACGAUUGGUUGACCAAGCACGGCGUCUUUCACACGCACAACGGCUGCUUCAACUCGACGGUUCCUGUGCUCUCGUUGACAAAGGUAUCGAGCUUCCAGGACGUCACCACCGCCUCGUGGUGCUACGGCUCGAGUGGAUACCGUCUUUUUGGCGACAAGAAGGACACGGUGCCCUACUCGGAAAAGAAAUCGAGCCUUUACUGGCGCGGCAGCAACACUGGCUCGAGGCCCGAGGGCAAGUACGCAUACCUUGGACACCGUCAGCGCUUAGUCAUGAUGGGCCAUCAGAUGAAGACCAAGGCGGCCGAACUCGCCGCUCGCGUUAAUACUGUCGACUCGCUUAGCUUCAGCGAAGCCGACUCGAGACGCGUGAAUUUGACCAACAUGCCCAAGACGUUCACAGAGGCGCAGCUUUCGGCGCUCUCGAGACUCGGCAAUGAUUCGAUCGACAUGAACUUUGUCAAGCUGCACGGCUGCGACGCAGACCCCAACUUCUGCCAAGAGUGGAAGGCCACGAUCCCGCUCGCGGCGCAUCAGCCUUCGUCCGAGGCGUUCAAGAACAAAUUCUUGAUGGAUCUCGACGGUAACUCGAUGUCGUGCCGCUUUUACCGGCUUCUCGACAGCAACAGCCUCGUGUUCAAGCAGACCAUCUACGUCGAAUGGCACGACGACCGCAUCGUUCCGUGGCUCCACUACGUUCCCGUCUCCAGAGGCAUGGAGGAGCUGCCCAUCUUGAUCGAUUUCUUCGCCAACCAUGCCAAAGGCCGCGAGCUGGGAGAAAUGAUUGCAAACGCAUCAAAAGAAUGGGCUGCAUCUGCGCUCCGAAAGGUCGAUCUCUCCAUCUACACGUACCGCCAAAUGCUUGAGCUCGCACACAUCAUUGGUCACGACUAG